CCGGACUACGAGGCGCCCCCUGAGGGGCGGAGGAAUCGGGCCUGGGGAGCGGGCGCUGAGGGAGGAGCCAGGUCGGAGCGGCAGAGGGCCCUGGCUGGCGAGGAGGUGGAGGGCUGAGGCCCGGAGGAGGCCCCGCCGCGAUGGGCAACCUGGAGAGCACCGAGGGCGGCCCCGGCGAGCCGCCCUCCGUCCCGCUGCUGCUACCGCCCGGCAAGACGCCGAUGCCCGAGCCGUGCGAGCUGGAAGAGAGGUUCGCCCUAGUGCUGAGCUCCAUGAACCUGCCUCCUGACAAGGCCCGGCUCCUGCGACAGUACGACAACGAGAAGAAGUGGGAUCUCAUCUGUGAUCAGGAACGAUUCCAGGUGAAGAAUCCUCCCCAUACCUAUAUCCAGAAACUCCAGAGCUUUUUGGACCCCAACGUAACACGGAAGAAGUUCAGGAGGAGAGUGCAGGAGUCAACCAAGGUCCUACGUGAGCUGGAGAUCUCACUUCGCACCAAUCACAUCGGGUGGGUGAGGGAAUUUCUCAAUGAGGAAAACAAAGGCCUGGAUGUGCUGGUGGAUUACCUGUCAUUUGCCCAAUGUUCUGUCAUGUUUGACUUUGAGGGUCUGGAGAGUGGCGAUGACAGUGCAUUUGACAAGCUCCGGUCCUGGAGCAGGUCAAUCGAGGACCUGCAGCCGCCCAGCGCCCUGUCGGCCCCCUUCACCAACAGCCUCGCUCGCUCUGCGCGCCAGUCCGUGCUCCGGUACAGUACUCUCCCUGGCCGCAGGGCCCUGAAGAACUCCCGCCUGGUGAGCCAGAAGGAUGAUGUCCACGUCUGUAUCCUUUGUCUCAGAGCCAUCAUGAACUAUCAGUAUGGCUUCAACUUGGUCAUGUCCCACCCCCACGCUGUCAAUGAGAUUGCACUUAGCCUCAACAACAAGAAUCCAAGGACCAAAGCUCUGGUCUUGGAGCUGCUGGCAGCUGUGUGUUUGGUGCGAGGAGGUCAUGAAAUCAUUCUUGCUGCCUUUGACAAUUUCAAAGAGGUGUGUAAAGAACUGCAUCGGUUUGAGAAGCUAAUGGAGUAUUUCCGGAAUGAAGACAGCAACAUUGACUUCAUGGUGGCCUGCAUGCAGUUCAUCAACAUUGUGGUGCACUCAGUAGAGGACAUGAAUUUCCGGGUCCACCUGCAAUACGAGUUCACCAAGUUGGGGCUGGAGGAAUUCCUGCAGAAGUCAAGGCACACGGAGAGCGAGAAGCUGCAGGUGCAGAUUCAGGCAUACCUGGACAAUGUGUUUGACGUAGGGGGGUUGUUAGAGGAUGCUGAAACCAAAAACGUAGCCCUGGAAAAGGUGGAAGAACUGGAAGAGCACGUGUCCCACCUCACAGAGAAGCUGCUGGACCUGGAGAAUGAGAAUAUGAUGCGAGUGGCAGAGCUGGAGAAGCAGCUACUACAGCGGGAGAAGGAGCUGGAGAGCAUCAAGGAGACAUAUGAGAACACGAACCACCAGGUGCAUACUCUCCGGAGGCUCAUUAAAGAAAAGGAGGAGGCUUUCCAACGCCGGUGCCACCUGGAGCCAAGUGCCCGGGGCCUGGAUUCCGUGGGUGGUAGCGAGGCCCUAGCCAGGAUAGGCCCUACAGAGUUGAGUGAGGGCAUGCCACCCUCUGACCUGGACCUGUUGGCUUCAGCCCCACCUGCUGAGGAGGCCCUUCCUCUGCCCCCUCCACCAGCUCCGCCUUUGCCCCCACCUCCUCCUCCACUACCAGACAAGUGUCCCCCUGCCCCACCUCUCCCUGGUGCUGCUCCUUCUGUUGUGUUAACAGUGGGCCUGUCAGCCAUUCGCAUCAAGAAACCUAUCAAGACAAAGUUCCGGCUGCCAGUCUUCAACUGGACAGCACUGAAACCCAAUCAGAUCAAUGGCACUGUCUUCAGUGAACUUGAUGAUGAGAAGAUCUUGGAGGACUUAGACCUGGACAAGUUUGAAGAGUUAUUUAAGACAAAAGCCCAGGGUCCUGCCCUUGACCUCAUCUGCUCCAAGAAUAAGACUGCACAAAAGGCUGCCAGCAAGGUGACCCUUUUGGAAGCCAAUCGUGCCAAGAACCUGGCUAUCACCCUUCGCAAGGCUGGGCGCUCAGCUGAGGAGAUCUGCAGGGCCAUCCACACGUUUGACUUACAGACAUUACCUGUAGACUUCGUGGAAUGCCUGAUGCGCUUCCUGCCCACAGAGGCUGAGGUGAAGCUGUUGCGGCAAUAUGAGCGUGAACGGCAGCCCCUGGAGGAGCUGGCCGCUGAGGACCGCUUCAUGUUACUCUUUAGCAAGGUGGAACGGCUGACCCAGCGAAUGGCUGGCAUGGCUUUUCUGGGCAACUUCCAGGACAACCUGCAGAUGCUCACACCGCAAUUGAAUGCCAUCAUUGCAGCCUCUGCCUCUGUCAAGUCCUCACAGAAACUGAAGCAGAUGCUGGAGAUCAUACUUGCAUUGGGGAACUACAUGAACAGCAGCAAGCGAGGUGCUGUGUACGGCUUUAAGCUCCAGAGCCUGGAUCUGCUGCUGGACACAAAGUCCACUGACCGGAAAAUGACACUGCUGCACUUCAUCGCCUUGACAGUGAAGGAGAAAUACCCAGACCUGGCUACCUUCUGGCAUGAGCUGCACUUUGUGGAGAAGGCUGCAGCAGUGUCCCUGGAGAACGUGCUGCUAGAUGUGAAAGAGCUGGGCCGGGGCAUGGAGCUGAUUCGGCGGGAAUGCAGCAUUCAUGACAACAGCGUCCUUCGAAACUUCCUCAGCACCAAUGAAGGCAGGCUGGACAAGCUCCAGCGUGAUGCCAAGACUGCUGAGGAGGCCUACAAUGCAGUUGUGCGCUACUUUGGCGAGAGUCCCAAGACCACACCUCCUUCUGUGUUUUUUCCAGUAUUUGUCCGAUUCAUUCGUUCUUACAAGGAAGCAGAACAAGAGAAUGAAGCUCGCAAGAAACAAGAGGAAGUAAUGCGGGAGAAGCAGCUGGCUCAGGAAGCCAAGAAGCUGGAUGCCAAGACUCCAUCCCAGCGAAACAAAUGGCAACAGCAGGAGCUAAUUGCAGAGUUGAGGCGGCGCCAAGCUAAGGAACACCGGCCUGUUUACGAGGGGAAGGAUGGUACCAUUGAGGAUAUCAUCACAGGCUUCAAACACGGGCCCAUGAGCAUUCGUAACCAAGGCAGGAGUGCUGCACCACCCAGUGGCCCUCCUCGGGCUCCAGGUCCUCACUGAGAUCCUCUUGGAGGUAGAAGUACUUUAACUCUUCCUGCAAGUCCGGACAGUGGACCCAGGGCCCAGCAGAGGGCUGUGCUGUUCCAGCUGCAGCCACUCCAGCUCUGGGGCUGGAUCUUCCCUGUACCACUGUGGGUACUAGGUCUAUAGGGGCCUGGCACUUCCCUAGUGCUUCCCAUAAUGCACCUUGCCCCCAGCCUUCAACUUCAUUCAGGGCUGGGAAAAACCACUUCCAGCUUUGGCUCAUGAGGGCAGAUGGCCCCUCUCCCACUAGAGUCUAACAGGAUGAAAAAGGAAAAUGCUGUCCUUCCAUUUUUUUUUUCCUUUUUGUAGUCCCAGUCAGCUCUGGUCUAAAAAUAUCCAGGCUCAUGGAUCCCUGGACUGGCAAUAUCAGAUCAUCUCACCGAGUAAAGCCCUUCCUUACCUGGGCCCACUCUGCUGAGCCCAAGUGAAAAAGGGUAGAGGAGCAAUGUCGGGCCCACUGCCUUCUUGCACAUUCUACCUGAGACUUUAGGUUUUUGUCCCGCCUUCUAGGCCCUUGGUCCCACCCACCUUGGCAUCCAGCUUCUUGGCUUCCUGAGCCAGCUGAUUCUCCCGCAUUACCUCCUGCUUCUUGCAGGAGCUUCUUGCUCUACUUCCUCAAAACCAAAGGUUUGUGGGGGAAGGAAGACUUGAGGCUUUCAAAGAUGGAAAAGGAGGGGCUAACACUGAGUGAGCAUGGAGAGUGUGACUGUGGGACCAGCUAACCCCAGGUGGCCAUCCUCUGGAGGGGUACUUCCUGCUCCAAACAAUGAAAGGAAGGGCUUGAACCACACCCUGCCCACUGUCUUCCCACUGAGUGAAGAAGAGCAAAGAUACUGCACCAGCUCCAAGACUGCUAGAGGAAGGAUGUGCCAGGAUCUCACCUUUCCUUAGCUAGGUGGAUUCUGGCCAGGAACAGGCAACAUAGAGGAUCUUCAUAGACUGUUUGCUCAGUUCUCUACUAGGUUCUCUGACCCUGGAAGGGAUGCGGGGGCACUUUGUUUUGUAUAUGUACCAUUUCCUGUCUCUCUUGUACAUAAACCCCACACCUCU